AUGUUAACUUUUUUCGAAACACGUCUGCCUGAUGUUGUGAAUCUUUUGAGUCCAACUUAUCGUUAUUCAUGUCUGGGUCUCUACGGUCAGUUUGAAUGUGCCUACGUAGAGAAACAUUACGACGCUGUGGGUCUGACUUAUUUCGUUGUCGUUUCAUCUGUGAUUUUUGGUCCAAUGUUUUUGUUCCCGUACUCAUUUACAUCUCGUCUGCUUUGUGGACGAAAUGGCCACGGAGUUGGAUAA